GCCCUGCCUUUAUUGCCGGAGCUAUCGAUGGAAAACCCCUCGUGGGUGAUUUGCCGUAAUGCCCAGACCAAGCGCAAGGUCCUACACCUUCGCAGCUGGUCUGACCCGGCUUGCUGGGAAGAUGUGGCCACCGCCCGCCUUUGGUGCUGGGCCCUUUCCGAGCGCGACGAAGAAGCUCGCUCCUCCCAAUGA